CCCAACAAGAAGUAUGGCUGACACAGAAGAGGAUGACGAUGUUAUAUUUGAGGUGAACAGGACAACAGGUGUAAGGAAACACAGCCUGUGUUUCCACCCUUGCCGGGAUUGAACCACAGACACUCAGCGUGUGAAGCAAGAGUGUUGCCUACCAGCCCAUGGGCCUGGUAAAUUAGCAAGUUUAUUGAGACACAGGGGAGUGCAAUUUACCAGCAUCUACUUGACACAGGCUACACUGACUUUGAAUCUACUCAGCUCAAAACUUCGCACUACAGGGAAAAUGCAACAGAGGUUGUCUUCAGUAAAAAUAAAAAGGGAGCACUGGAUUUACUGAAAGAAAUGUGGGCAAGUCUUCAUGAAAGUCUUUUUGGAAAAUGGAGGGAUGAUAGAUACAAGGAUAUUGCUGAGUAUAUUGCCCAGAGCAAGUUAGUGACUAAUGAUGACUGGCUGGUCCUUGAACACUUUCUGCCAGGUGGUGAGGAGCUUCAUCAUACUGGCUCCCUUGCUCUUCCAUCUGGUUCCAACUGUAGGGCUUUUGUAUUCAUUGGAUCCAUCUCACUUCUACUGAGUGUGGUGCUGCCACUGUAUAUAUCAUGCAAGAGCUGGUUUAGCUGUACCAUCAUUUCUGCAUUUCUCAUUUGUAUGAUUAUGGAAGGAAUCCCUGCAUUUAUUCGUUAUUUCCUUCUCACGCGUGAUAUAAAACGAUUUGUAUUGCUGAUGAAAGAGAUCAGUAGCACUGCUUCGAGAUCUCUGCGACUUCUGCAGGAGGUGGAUCUUAUCAGCAAGGGUUUUGUAUUGGCACAAGGAUCGUAUCCUGCCACACUUUGUGAGAAUGCUGAGUUUCCACAGUGUUCCAACCUUUGUUCUGCUCUCAUAUCUGUUCUAAAGUUACUGGAACAUAUUCUUCGUGAGAACCAUCAGUACCUUGGAGAGUGUACCCCAGAGUACCCUUGUAUGAAGCAACUGUUUGAUCAGGUGGAAGCAAGUGAACUUAACGAAACUGCUUGCAAUACUGAAUGUAUCACUUUCCUGAAGAAAUGGGUGGCUAUCAUGAAACUUCAGCUUUCAGCUGUUUUGACAGAGCUGCUUCUGUGUAUUCACAAGCCAGUGAUGUUAACUGAACUCUGUGAUGUUCGCUGUCAGUUAUUCUCCAGCAGACAAGUUGCUCAGGUUAAGAGUAAAACCAAAUACCUACAGAACAGUCUUGAGUACACCAGAUCAUUUUGGCUACAAGACAGACAAGAGGAAAGAAAACCCAAAAGUUUUGAAGACAAGAAAAGGGAUGUGUAUAUAGCCAUACAUAGCUUGAGUUUACAUAUGCAGUCUGCAUUGUUCAGAGUACAGGAUCUUGAAAAUAAGUUUGAAAAUGAAAAUAUUUUGAGUAAUUUCUCCGAAGAUUUGGAACAAAAACAACAUGAGGUGUUACCCUCAUAUGAGUAUGUUAGUGAACAAUUAAAUGCAUUAAAAACUGUGCUAAGUUUGUGCCAAGGAUGUUUAGAAGAAACUGAAGCAAGAGUUGACAGAAAAUAUGGAAUGAAUGAUAGCAAAGUCAUUCCAAAGUUAGAAGACCAGUGCAAAACCACUGAUGAUAAUAUUUCUUCCCAGAAAGAAAAGAUUCCUGUUACUGUGAUAUGUAGCAUAGAAGAACCUGUGAUAGAGGAUGAAGUGUUUGAGGCAUACAUUCAUCAGGAGUAUAGUGACAGGCAGAAAGAAGAUUAUAAUGAUGACUUCUGGACAGCAGAUAUAAAAAAAGAACGACAAAUGCUGAGGCAACAAAAGGCGCAGGGAAAAAGAGUACUUAAUGAGUUAGAGCCAAUCCUGCUAAAGCGAAGGAAGAUGUGGGAACAACGGGAGAUGGCUGCUUUGAGUAGACAGCACACAAAGAAGGCACAGGUUGUUGAUGUAGACAACUCAAAGACUGAACAGCAAACUAAAUGCCAGCAUCCAGAGAAUUUUGAUGAUAGAAGUGAUGAUAUACCUGAGGCUCUUCAACAAGUGAAGAGAGAAGAAGAAGAAACAAAAGAAAGAAUAAUGUGCAAGAGUAUUGUUACAGAUAGCUGUAUAGAAUCUUCUGAGCUAAAACUUAUAAGAGGGUGUGAAUCUGAGCUAGAAAACGGAGAGGAAGUAGAUAGCAAUAGAGAGAGAUUGAAACUCUAUAGAAAGCUAGAGCAGGAGUUAGAUGAGGAUGAGAAUAGACAAAAAAAAGAGGAUGAAGAAGAAGAAAGAAGAACCGUAUUCUCUGUUACAUGUUUAAAACCUUUUGAAAGUCAUUUAGAUGUGACAGCAUUUGUAGAUGUCAAGCUAGAAAAUAAUGAGAAUAAUAAGUACCAAGAAGACAAAAAGCACAUUUUCUGCCUGCCUGCGUCUCACAAAAAUACAGUGAAUAAGCACAAUCUGUUUGAGCAGGAAGACAGAAGUAUAAAACACUAUAAUGAAGUAAGUAGUGCAGGUCUUCCUGAGGGAGAGACUGGUAAUGUAGGGAGAGAUUCUCAGGCUGUGACCUGUGAUAUUGCUACUGGUGAUGCAGUACAUAAAGGCGUGGCUGUUGCUCUUGAGACUGAAUUUAGCACUGAAUCUGUAUGGGAAAUGAACAUUCCAACUCCUAAUGUAAUAAAGGAUGAAGAGUUUGUCCAUAAUGAAGAGAUAGAUGAUAGUUCUUCCCAGAUAGACUGGAGUACCAUCGGUGCUCCUACUCGACAAACAGAAACCUUAGAUGAGCGCAUGCAGCUGUUUUCUGCAGGUCUAAAUAUUGGCUUCCAAGCAGAGGUUGCAGCCGAGGCACAAGCAGCUUCGAGAAGAUUCUGGGCAACAGCACCCAACUUAACUGAGACGUUUGGUGGUGUGGGUGAGUGUGAGGAAGUGUUUGGUAGUGAUGAUGACACUGAAGAUGAUGAAGUUGCAUACUAAGGUAUGACAAAACGUUAUAUAAUUUUACUUUUAGCUUGCAGGAUUAGGGGAAGGUCUUCAUAACUAGAUGAAGAUUGUAUAAUUACAUAGAGAGUACUUUUUUUGCAUUUAUAUUUAACACUGAAAAACAAAAUACUGCACUAUGAGGAAUUUUAAUUUAUUUGGCUUACUUGUCCUUUCCCAACAGGGUGGGUGACUUAUUAAAAGGAAGUGCAUUCACCAUCAUUCAUUCAGUAACUGUGGGUUCGUUACUUCUCCUAAAUAUAAAAUUAAUGAUAAUCACUCAGCUGUCUUUUAGAAUUUCCAGCAUUAUCACUAAUAAUUAUUAAAGCUUAAAAGAGCUUUAAAAUUUAAAAGUAUUCCCAGUUUACUGUUGGUUAUAGUGUACAGUGCACAUUGGUAUAUAAUGUAUAUAAACUUUUUUGACUCAAGAAAAUGACUAUUUUAAAGGUAUUUAUUGAUUUGUAAAUUUUGUGAAUUUAUUGAUUUGUAAAUAUACAGUGAGUUUACAAUGGAUUUUAUAUAACCAAGACAAGAUAUUUAACAUAGGAGCAGUAAGUUCAUUAACUGCUGUUAAAGUGCUGGCAAUGCUAGUAACUUUAUCUUUAACCCCUAAAAUGUCCAAACGUAGAUCUAUGUUCGCUCGCAUAGCAUUCCAAAUGUAGAUCUUUUUUUUUUUUUGCGUGCUUUCAAAUGAGGAAAAUCAAGGUCAGAGCGCUACGCACGUAAACGUAGAUCUGUGUUUGGACAGUUUAAGGGUUAAAAAUUUUACCCACUAGGGGCUUUACUGGUCCACUAGAUACAGUUCCUGGUGAGCAAAAUGCUUCCAUAGUCAAGUUAUGUAAUGUUGCAUUCAUGUAUCUUUUAUUCAUUUUUUUUUUAACAUGCUGUUCGUCUCCCACUGAGGCAGGAUCCCCCUCCCCGUAAAAAAAAAAGAAACUCACCAUCAUUCACACUAUCAGUGUCUAGCCAGAGGCUCACAGGUAUGACAGCUUAGAUGUCACUCUAGACAGCAGAUAUCGCAAACCCCUGCUUUAGAGUGCAGGUGUAGUGCUGUAUGACCCUGGUGAGUUUAGCGCUUGGUUUAUUAUAAUGGGGUGCAGGUACUGCACUUCCCACCUUCAGGACUCAAAUCCAACUAACCAGUUUCCCUGAAUCCUUUCACAAAAUAUUAGCCUGCUGACACUCCAACAGCUCGUCAAGUCCAAAAAACCAUUCUUCUCCACUCACCCCCUAUCUAACAUGUUCACACAUGCCUGCUGUAUGCAUUUCUUGGCUUACCUUGUUUAUAACAUCUUUGUCAGAGCUGGAAGAGGUCAAAGAAAACUUAGCAUGUUUACCAGAACACUGCCACUUCACCUCCAGGUUAGUAAAACAUUUCAUAUUGAAGCUGGUUGUAUUGAUCCAAGGAUUUGGAACUGCUCUUCCUUUCCUCAGAUCAAACCUAAUUACCUCCCAUCUACUACACAAAUUCUUAAGGCUAAGAAAGAUUGUAAAGCUUUGCCUUUCCAUCAGUUAUAAAAGAAUUAUUGCAAAAUCUCCAGGAAUUUACAGUAAAGUUACUUAUAAUUUUGAAAAUCAAGGAGAAUUCUGUUGAACUACAUUUAAAACGGUAAGUCAAAUAUUUUUACUACUUCCUAUUUUAUUUGUUAAAUGAACCAAUAAAAAUAAAUAAAUAUUGAUAUUCAUACUUCAUCUUCAUCAAAAAGCUUAAUGAUGUCAUUUACAUAUUCAGUCAGUUUUGUCACAUGGCACUCUAACAGAAAUUCAAAAUAAUUCAUUAUCUGAAGCUUGGAGAUAUAUAUAUGGCAGUAUCUGUGUUUGACAGUAUAUUCAUGUCUAGCGUUAUAUUUAAGGGUAAAUCAUUACUAUUAGUUGUACUUAAUAUCUUCAAACAUCUGAGGUAUAUUUUGUCAAUCUUAUUAAACACUUUCUUUGUAUUUUUUUUUAUGUUAAAGGUUAAUUUGAAGCACAACAUUUUUAUUUGUUGCUGUUAAACAUGCUUUUGUCUUUAAAGUUUUAUAGUAAUCUUGUCAGCAUUUUCUUUCAGCCUUGGUUAAACUGCCAGUGAAGAAUUUGAAGAAUUUGUUACAAAUUACAGUAGCAACAACCUGUCUUUUGAUAAUGAGGAUUGAGUUAUUAUAUUUGUGGGUAAGCACUAAACCCAUAGAGGUCAUAUAGCACUUGGGGAAUGGAAGUUAAUGAGGUAUGAUCCAAGGAAAGGGAGAACAAGUCCCAUUCUUUGGAUCAAGAGCUCCUCACUAGCAUCAAGGAACCUCCCUUAAAGGGAUGAGUGAUACAGAGCUUUAAUCCACACAACCCUUUAUGGAGGAAGAGGGGGUCUUGAUUCACUUAAUUGGAGCUACUCUUACCUUGGAUCAAAUUUGAAUGCCUCCCAUUUCCCAGGUACUGCAUGACCCCUAUGCAUUUAGCAGCUCAGUAUGAAUAUAAUAACAAUAGCACAAGUAAUAUAAUUGUACAGAAAUGACAGAAUGUUACAGAAAGGUCAGUUGACAAAUGAGAGACAACAGCUUUGUCAGAAAUUUUUAUUGCUGAACUAGAAGAAAUGCAUAAAGUGUUCAUGACUAAUGUUCUUCAAUGGCAAUACCAUUCAUUUCUUCAUUUUUGCAGCAAUUUUGACUACUUUUGGAAGGACAACUGUGAAAUUUCUGAGUGAUGAUGACAGAACUCUUUUUGCAGCCUCCCUUGUUGGCAUAAAGCACUGUGAGCUCAAGUUGGUCUUUAACAGGAUGAUUGGUACGUCUUCCAUUAAGCAUUUUUAGUUCAUAGUACAAACCCUUAUGGAGAAAGUAAAAUAUUAAAGUACUUCAUAUUUUGUCAUAUUACUAAGUCUGCUGAAGAAGGACUCAGUGGUAGGUCAGAUUUUUUGGUUCAGUAAAGAUUGUGUGUGGUACACUCUGUAAAAUCAUUUUACACUUUAAAAUCUGGCACUUUCACAUUUAAACUGGUAGUAAAACUAAUUUUAUCUAGCACAUUGUAAUUGCUUUAAAUGAAAGCUUAAGAAACUGGUAUAUUUAUCAAGUUUUCAAGCAUGACUUUAUUUAAAAACUUGAAUUUUCAAAAUUUUUAGAAACCAGCAUGGCCUCAACUCUCAAGUGUACAAAAUUUUACAGAAUACAAUGAUAUACAUGUUUUUCCCUUAUUUUAUAAGGGCUUGCUUUAUGGGUAUUUGCUAUUGGUAAUAAUGUAAUUUUGAUGUACAUUCACCAUAUGUAAUUGGUGCAGUUUUCAGAAUAUAUUAAGGAUUCUUUUGAUAUGGAAUUCAGUGUUGAUGGCCUGAUUGAUCUCAUAACAGCUCCCAUGGGCCUGGAACAUAUCCACUGCAUAAAACGAGGACACGUGUAUUAGGCAGUUAUUUUCUUUCUCAUUUGUGUCACACGGCAUGACAGGAUACAAAAUACUAUGCAUGAUAAAAUGCUCAAAGAAAACGUUUGUUUAAACAAGGAUCAAUAUGAACAUUGUGUAGUUUAUACACCAGUCCAGAUGUCAUAUAUAAGUGGAUUCAGUACUAAAAAGUAAAGAAUUA